AUGAACAGCCACUUGGCCGGUGCCGUCACUGGCCACUAUACUGACUCGCCACUCGCCGCUGUGCUUAACCAAUGCCCCAUAAUAAAAAAGAAGUGGUCUAACAAAUAUAAGAUCUUAAAGUUGUGUGAUUUGCGCGAGAAGAAUACUUUAUGUGUAAUAAUUGGCACAAUUUUCAAACAUCAACAGUUAAAGCCGAGUAUACUCAAAGAACUCUCUGAUCAAUUGGAAAUAAUACCUCAGCCCACUAGAACUCAUUUUGUUCAUGAAUCAGACAGUAUUGUUUUAGAGGAUGAGUUGCAAAGAAUUAAAUUAUCUAAUGACUGUAUUGAUGUUCAUAAAGUAGUCACAGGUGUGGUUGUUGCGAUUCUAGGUUCAGAAGAUGUUGAUGGGAUAUUUACAAUAAAAGAUGUGUGUUGGCCUGAGUGCAAUAUACAAAAACCUCUGCCAAAGUUAACUAGUGAUAAAUACUUAGUUCUUAUGUCAGGGCUUAAUAUGGCAUCAAAAUCAGCUGAUCAUUUAUUUGCCUUAAAUCUCUUUCUUGAAUGGUUGUCUGGAUUUUGUGGUACCUCGGAAUACCAACAAGAGAUUUCCAAGAUUGUAAGGGUUAUAAUUGCAGGUGGUGUUUUUGCAAAUCAUUCAAAUGAAAUUACUUUGAAUGAGUCAGAUGUCAUUGCUUCAGCUGAAUCAGUUGAUUCUUUUUCUGCUGCAGUUAGUGCAGUUGCACCUCUAGAUUUAAUGCCAGGUUGUAAAGAUCCUACUGGAAUAAUGUUACCCCAAAAACCCUUUCAUUACUGUCUUUUUCCAAAAGCUGUAGAAUAUAAGUCAUUCAAUAGAGUUUCCAAUCCCUAUGAAUGUGAUAUUGGUGGUUUUCUAUGUUUAGGAACAUCAGGUGAACCCAUCAAAAAUAUUAUGAAGUUCAGUAAGCUAGAUAAUAAUUUGGAAAUAUUGCGAAAAACUUUACAGUGGCGACAUAUUGCACCAACUUGCCCUGAUACUGUUCCUUGCACCCCAUGUAUAGACACCGAUCCCUUCACAAUUUACAAUUGUCCAGCUGUUUACUUUAGUGGAAACUGUAAAGAAUUUGCAACUGAUUUAUAUAAAGGUGAAGAUGGCCAAUAUGUAAGAAUAGUAUGUGUUCCUGACUUCUGCGACACAAAGUCUAUUGCAAUUGUGAAUUUGUCCAACUUAGAAUGUCAUAAUAUGGUAUUUGGA